GCACCUCCUCGGCUACCGACAGCCGCCAGCCGCCAUCAACCCCUCCUCUCCUCAUUCAUGGACUGAUCAACACACAAAAUGGCGAGGUAUGCGCUGCUUUCGCGUCGACUGCUGGCCAGCCGGCCGUGUAUGCGCAAUGCCCGAACAUUUGCGACAGCAUCCGAUCAGCCACAGCAGCGCGCCUCGUCCGAUUACCGCGUGAAACUCGUCGAGGUCGGCCCCCGCGAUGGCCUCCAAAACGAGAAGCGCGCCAUCCCACUGGCAACCAAGCUCGAAUUGAUUGAGCGUCUGGCCAAGACGGGAUUGACCACCAUUGAGGCCGGUUCAUUUGUCUCGCCCAAAUGGGUGCCCCAGAUGGACAACUCCUCCGAAAUCCUCCAACACCUCCUUCAGCACCCGCCCGCCGCGCCCAACCCACUCACCUUCUCCUUCCUCGCCCCGAACCUCAAAGGCCUCAACAACGCCUUCACCAUCCUCUCCCAGCACCCCACCGCCUUCACCUCCGCGGGCGCGACCCCCACCAAGGAAAAACCCGCCCUGGAGAUCGCCGUCUUCGCGUCCGCGACCGAGUCCUUCUCGCAGCGCAACCUCAACUGCGACAUCGCCACCUCGCUGACCCGCUUCCGCGAGGUGAUCCAGGCGGCCAAGGACGCGCAGCCGCACGCGCUGCGCGUGCGCGCCUACGUCUCCGUCGUGCUCGGCUGCCCCUUCGAGGGCUACGACGUCGACCCCCACCGCGUCGCCCACGUCGCGACCGAGCUGCUGGAGAUGGGCGCCGAUGAGAUUGCGUUGGGGGAUACCACGGGUAUGGGCACGGCGCCGAGAACGAAGGAGUUGUUGAAUUGUUUGGCCAAGGCCGGGGUCCGGAAUGAGGAUGUCGCCAUGCAUUUUCAUGAUACCUACGGCCAGGCGCUGGUCAAUACGGCGGUGGCGCUGGAGCAUGGGAUUAGGACGUUUGAUUGCAGUGUUGGGGGGCUGGGUGGGUGUCCGUACUCGCCGGGCGCGACGGGGAAUGUGGCGACGGAGGAUGUGGUGUAUUUUAUGGAGACGCUGGGGAUGGAUACGGGCGUCAAUCUGGACGGGGUCGUGGAUGUGGGAGAUUGGAUCACGCGCGAGAUUGGGAAGGAGAAUGCGAGUACUGUCGGGAAGGCCGUUCUUGGGGCCCGGAAGAGGGCCGAAGGGGAUAAGGAGAAAGCGUAGGGCGUGUGGGGGUUGAUACUCAUUCGUUUAAACCUACCGUCUAGCCGUAUAGGUGCUUGUGUGGCAAACUGAGCAUAUCCGUUUUGAGUCCCUCCCAGGUCAGUGAGCCUUGUUGUGAUGAAGGGCCGUUCCGAGGUAUUAAGCGGGUCGUAGGGCGAGAUGUCAACGUGGGAGAAGGAAGCCCUUGUGUUUUCUUAUCAUGCUCAAAAAGGCAAUGGCAUUUUGGAGAGAUGAUAUUUUACGUCGAGAACACUUGAACGUCGGAUGAAAAGUCAGAUUAUCUCAUGGAUACGGGGACCAAAGCGCAAUG